AGGGGCUAUUUAUUUCGCUUGGAGGAAAGCGAGGGUGUAACUUCGAUUGAAACGUUCGAGAUCAACAGACGUGUUCGAGACUCGUAAGGAAAAAGCCUUGAAAAAAUGGCGGAAGAAACUAUACCUGGAGUCGAACUCUUCGUGAAGGCAUCUACACUCGAUUGCCAAUCUCUCGGAGCCGACAUCCAGUGUCACAGAAUUAUGAUGAUGUUCGCUCUGAAAGGUCUCCCCAUAAAAACCUUUAACGUGGACACCAUAAAGAAGACAAAUGUACAACUUCAUUUCCCGUACAAGAAUUUUCCAACAUUGACCCUCGAUAACGGGGCAGAGGUUUUGGACGACCUUGACGAGAUUGAGAGAAGAUUUGAGAAACUUUCCGAAACCAACCAAUCCAUUCCAAAGCUUGCAUGCACCAACAAAGAUAUACUGUCCUUCGUUAAUGUAGGACCAGGAUCGAAAAUCUACCAAAAAUUCAACUACUUUAUUAAAAACCGGGCACAGGAGGGCGAAGAGGCACUAAAAACGCAACUCUUACAGGAGUUGAAAAAAGUAAACGCUUUCUUGAUGUCAGCGAAGAUGCCCAAAGAUGGCGAAGGAAAUCAGAUGUUCCUCAGCGGAGAGAGCCCGGGAUUACCAGACUGUACUCUACUACCCAAGCUACACUAUAUUUAUGUGUGUCUUGGGGUGGUAAAGGAGUUUCCUAUGGAAGAAUUGACGGGAAUUGAGAGCUAUCUCGAGUCUGGAAGAAAGCAUUCUGCUUUCCAAAGCACAUGUCCGAAGAAAGCUGAUAUAGUGCAUUUUUACUGUAGGCAAGCUGGCAUGGAUGACGCCGAAGCGAUGAGAAAAUCAAACCAAGUCCGCGAAUAAGACGAGAAGCGAACUGCAAGCCAGAUAUCCUUAGAAAGUGGCUUGAUUCCUAUGAUUUUGGGCAAAGAAUGGGGUCCGACAUUACAAUUAUGUAAAACAAAUACGUUGCGUGUACAUUUUGUUCAAUGAAUUUUGAAACACGUGUCUGUUUGUGGCGCUACGCUAAAACUUAUAUUGGAAUCUUUCAUUUAUAGUAAAAUAGGUCAACCAUAGAGUAGUUUUAAAUUAUGCCCUUUUAAGUUGUACUUCUUGUGAUUUGAAAGUGUUUUUCUACUCACACCCUCUUACAGGUCUAGCCGUUGUUCCCUGCGGUUUUGUUUAGAAAACAGUCCGGAGGUUACAGUGUUUUGCUAGCACUAAAAGUUUCUAUUAAAAGCAAUGCACUAUAUGUUUCCUGUAAAGAAAAGCUCCAUUAACAAGAAUAUAAUAAGGUUUUAGCUCAUUAGUCACCGGCAAUUACCAUAUUCCAUGUUUAGACCUGUGUUCUUUCAAAAUAACUACAGUAUUCCAAAAUUCUGCCCUUUCUGAGAUAAAAUUUGUGCAAUCUCAAAGUCGUGGAUUAUUGUCUGAAAAAAGCUCUUUGGAAUUCUUGUCAUUCUUACAAUACAGCACACAAGCAACUGUGAUUUAUAAUGUUUCAAAAUACCAGGAGUGAUUUAGUGGAAUACUUUUAGCCAUAUGUCCUGAGAGAAUAGGUAUUUUUAUUGUGAAAGUAUUUAAUAUUUCUAUGCUGGACCGCAUUUGCUCAUCAAAUUUAGGACUUUACUAAAAUUGCAUGUUGCCAUAUUUACCCCAGUCUAAACAACUAAAUUUGAGGAAUAAAAAGUUUAUUGCAGCUUCUAUAUUAUGUGUUUGUCUUCAGUCCAGCAAUGAAACCUAUAUAUCCUAAGUUAUACUUACAUUAACUGUGGUAAACCAUAAAGAUUCCGAAUACCUGUAGAAUAUGUUUGUGAUGAAUAAAGUAAUAUAUAGUUCAUUAUUAAAA